UUGAAUACAGCAGCCAGCCACAGCCAACGAAACAGUGAGGAUCAGUGUGUGGAAUAAAAGAUAUUCCAAAGAUAUGUUCAUUGUCCUUCAAGCAGAUCGGGUUGUCAGUCUUAUUAUAACGUACAGGUUGGCCAAAUUAAGACACUUCCUGGUGCUUGGGUUUCGUAGUCAUUUGUGUUCUUGAUAUCUCCUCCUUAACCUUUGGCUAACUAUGUGAGCUCAUGCUAGCUCGAUAGUACCAACAUUCACCCAGGCUGAAGCUGGGGCGCAGCAGCAGCGGAGCCUCUGGCCGACGAUCAUUUCCGACAGCUCCGUAUGGAUUUGACGUCGGCAUACAUUGUUGCUUGAUGUUUUACAAAGGGUCGAUUACCGGUGAUUUUUGAAGAUGGGGGAACCUUGUGACCUCAAACACUUCGUAAAAGAGGAGGGGAGUGGUGCCUCGGUGAAGGUGGAGGGCCUAUCCAAGGCAGCUCUAAUGAAAAGCUUGUCUCCCAGAGUCAUGCUAUCCAACCAUCUCUUGCCUAAAGGGACCAAGAUGAAGGUCAACCUAGAAGAUCAGAGUCGACAGAAAGUGUCCUUCAGCUUUGCACAGAUCAAGAAGCCACUGCAGAGCCCGUUCUGCAUCCCUGGCAGUCCUGACAAGUCUGUCGCUGAGCCGAACGCUGCCUUGUCACUGUCAACCUCAGACAAAGGAGAGGAGAAUACAGACAUAAAAACUGAGCAAAACCAGACACCCAUGGUGCAAACCCAGACACCCAUGGUGCAAACAUCCAUAGCAGAGACACAUUCUCAAACACCAGUCUCCUCACCCACAAUGAAAACGGACUUGGCUAAGAUGCAUUUCAAGAAGCAAAUUCUCAGUGUCUCUGUUACUGAAGAGAAACCAUCAACUGCUGUGCCAGAGGAGCCGCACUCUCCUGAAUUGCAGGAUAUGCAGACACCAACAAGUGUAACUGAAUUUCCAAUACCCGAGCCUCAGAAUGUUGUCAGUGUCUGCCCGUCUGAGAGUGAUCAUAUUGAAGCCCUUGAGACAAGGGUAACCACCCUUAGCCCCAUAAAGCCAGCUGCCUCUUCAGCAAAAGAUGGAGAGAGUUCCAGCAGUGCUGAGCAGGAUAGUAAGGUAGACAAAAGGAAAACCAGGUCCCAAUCUGAUAGUGCUCACCCUGGCUCAGAAUCAGAUGGAGAUUCAGGCCAGAUGUCGUCUAGUCGCAAAUCAGUUGACACCAAAAGCAAAGCGAACUCUGACAGCAGAAGCAAAGAGGUGAAAAAGUCUUCCUCGAGUUCACAUGUGGAGGAAAAGGAAAAAAGUUACUCUAAGCGUUCAGAGAAUCAUGAAAGGUCUUCUAGUUACUCCAAAUCAGAACGUGAAUCCAGACACGCAUCCUCACGCUCAUCUCGAUCAGACAAAGAUCGCAGAAGGUCCAAGUCUAGAUCACGGUCUAGAUCAAGAGGGUCCCGGACAAGUUCAUCUCACUCCAGAUCAGAGAGAUCCCGAGGUGACAGAGGAUCACGCUCCGAAAGGUCAUACUAUCAUGAUUCUGAUCGGAGAUCACACCGGAGUUCUCCACGCAGAGAGAGAAGACGUUCUCGCUCACGUACUGACAGAACUCGGGACAGUUCAGACUCUGAGGAUGACCAUAGGAAGACAAGAACAAGGACAAGUGACUCUAAUAGAUUGUCCAGCCAUUCAAGCUUGCAUAAAGAAUCUAAAUCAUCUUCCUACUCAAAAUCUGAGAAAGCCUCUAAAUCUGCAGAUUCUCCUCACUCUGUAGAGUUUGAUAAAAGAACACAAUCGUCAAAGUCUGAAAGGACUUCAAAGCGACUAUCGGACUCUGAUUCCCAGCACAAGUGCUCUCCUGAUCUGGACUCCAGUUACCGUAAAUCUGGCCAGAUUUACGGUAACAAGUCAGAGACCAACAGCAAAUCCUCUUCUUCCAGUAUGCAUACCCACUCUCAAACAUGUGAAAAACGGCAAAAAAGCAGCUCUAGUGACUCUGAGGCAGAUCAUAGGGGAAAAUCACAGGCCUCUGACAAAAUCGCUGGCUCAGAGGAGAACUGUAAAAACUCCCUAAAGACAACUAGUAGGCCAGACUCGAAGCAGAGAACGCCUUCUAGAUCUUCUGGAAAAACCAGUGGACAUGAUAGACAAUCAAAUUACAUAUUUCACAGCCCUGGCAAAGCACCGUCAUGUACAAACACCACAGAUUUGUGUUUUCAGAGUGAGAAAGAAAAAACUGAUUCCCAAGAAGGUGAAAAUGAAUGUAGUAGUCAAUAUUUUAAGGAGAUGGUUUCAUGCCCUGAUAAAAAAUUGCAAGAAUCAUCAUCCAAGAGAUCAAAAGAAACUAAAUCUGGUCUUGAAGUUGAGACCUCAGCUAUAACCUUAAGUGAAAGCCUAAAGCGGGCCGCCCUGGAUAACUUGACCAAUGUGAAGGAUAGCCUUUAUUCUAAUAAUCAACCACAUGUGAACUCAAAUGCAGCUUUCUUAAAUUCAUGCAGUAGUAAUGAUAGCAUAAUGUGCAGCCAGGACAAGAACGUUGUUGACUGUUCACCAAGGCCAAAGUCCUUAGAUACAGCAGAUAUACCUGUCACCCAUGAUAUCCAGCAGAACACUAAACCAGAGAUUGUCAAAGAUUUGACAGUCAACAAGCCGCAUGGCACAAGUUUGCCGCUCAAAUCUGAUUCACUGUUUCUUGAAUCUGAGGAUCAGCUGAUGUUUGAAAAGCAAAAUAUGGAUACUGCUAAAAAGAGCAACAGUACUUCCAAAAAGUCUCGAUGGGAUAUUGUUGGGCAGGAUACCUCAGAGAGUGAUAAUUCACAGAGGACACUCUGUGCAGAGAGUAAGCCUACUGUUAAAAAAGUGAUAGAAAAUAAAAUGGAGUUUUCUAAAGACAAUGGCCAACAAGACUCUGACAUUAAAGAUACUAUUCAGCAAGAAGCUGAAACACAUUCCAGCCUGGUUAAUCAGAAUGAGAUCUCUAAGCAGGAAGUCGGCUCAGACAACACAUCCAUGACCGAUAAAUACAAAGACCAAAGGGAGCCUUCACAAGAGAGCAUCAGCAUUAACCACUGUGACUUAAAACGGAAAGUUUCUCAAAAAACAAACAGAGAUGAGCCCCUGCACGUAAAUCAUACAGCACAGGUCGACAAAGCUGCAAAGAUGCAGAGUUGGAAUGGCGAUUAUCACGAAGAAAAAUCCAAGGGUAGCGCUCAUAAGAGCAAAUUGAGUAAUACAACAUUACUUUAUCAGGAUGCAUUAGGAGGACAGAGUGAGGUCAGUGAUAGUGACAACUCGGAGUAUGACUCCGAUUGCGGCGAGGCUAUAAAACGAUUGCACUCUGUGGUGGUGGUGCCAAAGAAUUCUUCCCUAGUAAUGGAUACAGGAGCUUCCCCAUGCAGUCUAAUGAAUAGUUCAGAACUGCACAAUGUGAAUAUCAAUGCAGUCCCAAAUCAAGGCCCACAACAAAGGCAGGGGAGCCCUUCUGCAUUCCUGGAGACCAGUGGUCCAUGUGCUGGUGUAAAUGAUUCAUCCCAUAGCAGCAUGUUGUGUCAAUCUCAGAGUAAUAUGAUUGAUAGCACCAGCUCCAUAAGUGCGCAGCCUUACAUGACUGGCCAUAUUGGUGCCCAUGGAAGUGCCACAGAUCCUGCCCACAGCCUUGAUAAUUCCAGACAGCGAGAGCAAGGGCACACACAGCAUAAUGUAAGCAGCAGAGGUGAAAGGAUGUACACUCAUUACCAACAUGAUGAUUUCUCCAGUGCUGACAAUAUCAAUGACAACAAUGGAUUCAGCCUGGGGUGGGAUUUUUCACAAGCAGAACAGCCCAGUAGUACAUACCAGCAGCCUGAUAGCAGUCACGGACCCCACCUACCAAACACUAAACUGACUGAAACCUCUCCUAAGGGACUGGAGCAGAGGCAGAAUAAUGCAACCUGGAACCACCAAUCCCCAAACACACAGACUAGCAGACAACCCUACCUCCAUGUGCAUGAGCAUUAUCAGAAUCUUGCAGGUGAAACCCAUCCUGACUCUCUAACCAAUGACCACGACGACUUCAGUGGGGAUAAACUAGCUGAUCUCAGUAAAACAGCUGUUGAAGGCAAUGGACUUAACACUCCUGGGUCAUCAUGCUUUGUACAAGGGCAUGAAAUAAGCAGCAAUAGCAGGGGUUCUACUGUGCCGGACCCCCCUAGAGAAGACAAUUUUAGACCCCACAGAGGCCGGGGCCCUCCCAAGAAAAGGCGGCCAGAGAUAGAGUCAGAGUCAGACAAUGAGGCAGAAGCUGGGCCUGCGGGCAAGAGAGAGCGUCAAGAAAAUGCUGACGUCUCUAAGGAACCUCGUGUCAAAGCUGAAAUGCAGCGUCCAUCACUCAAUCUGCGAGACUUUCAAGACUCCAGUAAAUGGAAAGAGUUUUCAAGGUCUAAGAAGAUGCCCCCUUACUUCGACUUGAUUGAGGAGAAUCAUUACCUGACAGAGAGAAAGAAGAGCAAAUCUCAUCGAGAUAUUAAGAGAAUGCAAUGCGAGUGCCCAGUUCUGCCAAGAGAGGAGCGUUCAAGGGGAGUAUUAGCAUGCGGGGAAGACUGUUUAAACCGGCUGCUGAUGAUUGAGUGCUCCUCACGGUGCCUGAAUGGAGCCUACUGCUCUAAUCGACGCUUUCAGAUGAAACAACACGCUGACUUCGAGGUUAUCCUCACAGAAGACAAGGGCUGGGGUCUACGGGCAGCCAGAGACUUGAUUCCAAACACCUUUGUACUGGAAUACUGCGGGGAGGUAUUGGAUCACAAGGAGUUUAAAACAAGGGUGAAAGAAUAUGCUCGCAAUAAGAACAUCCACUACUACUUCAUGGCUCUAAAGAAUAAUGAGAUCAUUGAUGCAACGCUGAAGGGUAAUUGCUCCCGGUUUAUGAACCAUAGCUGUGAGCCUAACUGUGAGACCCAAAAGUGGACUGUCAAUGGCCAGCUUAGAGUCGGGUUCUUCACCUCCAAGGCGGUUACUGCAGGAGCUGAAUUGACAUUUGAUUACCAGUUCCAGAGAUACGGCAAAGAAGCACAGAAAUGCUUCUGUGGAGCGCCCAGCUGCAGAGGCUUCCUGGGUGGGGAGAACAGAGUUAGUGUCCGGGCAGCUGGAGGCAAGAUGAAGAAAGACCGCAGUCGAAAGAGUGCUCUCACCACGGUUGAUGAGGAGCUGGAAGCGUUACUGGAAAAUGGAGAAGGCCUGUAUGAUGAGAAACAGGUGGUGUCUCUCUGCAGGCUGAUGGUCCGAGUGGAAACCAUGGAGCAGAAACUCAUCUGUCUCAAGCUCAUACAAGAUACUCAAAAUCCAUCAUGCCUGAAGCAGUUCCUGGACCAUCAUGGAUUGUCUUUGCUGUGGAUCUUCAUGGUGGAGCUUUCUGAAGCGAAAGGCAACAAUGCCAAUAACAUCAAACUGCAGUUAGAGAUUAUGAAGACCUUGGCUGUGCUGCCUAUCUCUACUAAGAACAUGUUGGAGGAGAGCAGAGUCCUUACCUUCAUCCAGCGAUGGGCCCAGACAAAAACACUCAUCAAUCACCCAGGUGAGAUGGAUGGCUACUCCAGUGAGAACACCUCCCGCGCUCAGACACCCCUCAACACUCCUGAUGGCUCCUCCACCAAACUGGGACCAGAAUUGGAUGGUGACGCCUCCAAACCCGCUGUGUACCGCCGCCUUAAAAUCAUCAGUGAAAACAGUCUGGACAGCGCACUCUCUGACGCCAGCAAAGCAUCGGAUGGGAAGGAGGAAGAGGAGGAGGACGACGAUGAGGAAGAAGAUGAAUCCUCACAUGCAGGACUUCCGGAUGCCAAAGAGUUGAAGGCAGAGCCAGUGUGUGAAGCUGCAGAUCCAGCGAAAGAAAUUGCGGCGGAAGAGUUGGUGAAAGAGGAAGGUCAGGAGAAAGAGGAAAAAGAGGAAGAGACGGAGAUGAGUACAAGCAGUCAACUCCAACCUCAAACUGAGGAGGUAGAAGAAAAAUUGGAGUUGGAUUUGGAGAAGGAGAUUGAGAUUGAGAUGAAAGAGGACACGAGUGAGGUUCAUGCGGAUGAACUUGAGGGGCCAAAAGAGCCUAGUGAAGAACCGGAGAGUGGAGAGGAGAAGACCAGUCAGGCUGUGACAGAAAAGGCUGAACCUGAAGAAGACCCGCCCACCGCUGAAGUUCCCGAGCCAGAGAGUCAGCCCAUGCAAACAGAUGUGGCUGAUCUUUCACCUGAGCCACCUUCAGAGAAUAUGGAGGCUCCAGCAGAGACACAAGAGGCUGAGAAACCUCCUCCUGGCAUUGAGGCGCAACCUGGUGAAUCUACCACUGAUGCUGCCGCCAACUCAGAGACCCCUGAAGCAAUUAUGCCCUCUGAGGUCAUAGCGGCCCCCGUGGACCCAUCAGUUAUAGGAACUCCUUCUCAGGAUGAAGAGGAAGGUGUCUCAGAUGUGGAGAGUGAGAGGAGCCAGGAGCCCCAACUCAAUACUUUGGACAUCAGUGGCAUGGCUGCCAGGCUUCUGGACAGCUGGAAAGAUCUGAAGGAAGUAUACAGAAUACCAAAGAAGAGUCAGGUGGAAAAGGAAGCUAAUGAUCGCAGCCGGGAUCGAGACACAGCUUUGACGCCACGCACCACUUCUGGUAGCCGAGAACGUGAAAGGGAGCGAGAGAAGGAGAGGGAACGUGACAGAGACAGAGAGAGAGACCGAGAUUAUGACCGAGAUAGGGAUCGAGACUGGGACAGGGACCGAGACCGAGAUAGAGAUAGAGACAGAGAUCGCGACAGAGAUCGUGACAGAGACCGUGAUCGCGACCGUGAUCGAGUCUCUGACAAAACUCCUCAACGCAGCACGGAGAGACGGAGGAGACGCUCCGCUUCACCACCCUCAUCCUACGAGAGGAGCAGUCGACGCACUGAGGAACGGUUUGACACAUCUAACAGCAGCAAGACACGGGGAGUUGGUGGCAAGGAGCGGAACAAGCUGUCCACAGAGGAGCGCAGAAAGCUGUUCGAGCAGGAGGUUGCUCAGCGGGAAGCCCAGAAACAACAGCAGCAGCAGCAGCAACAACAGCAGCAGCAACAGCUACAGCAGCAGCAGCAACAGCUACAGCAGCAGCAGCAACAACAGCUACAGCAGCAGCAGCAACAACAACAACAACAACAGCAGCAGCAGCAGCAGCAGCAGCAACAACAACAACAGCAGCAGCAGCAGCAGCAGCAGCAGCAACAGCAACUUCAAACUAUGGUUUAUGACCCUGCUCUAGCAUAUGCCUCCAGCCCUGGCUUCAUCACUUACCCUCAUGGGUAUCCCAUCCAGACCUUUGUUGAUCCCACCAACCCCAAUGCAGGCAAAGUACUGCUACCUACCCCUCCGGUUGAUCCCUCGCUGAACUAUGAAGAGACGCCUCUUAUCUCAGACCUGGGUCUAUCCUCUCCAUCCUCCUCUUCCCAGGCCACUCCAGUCUCUAAUCUUACUCAGCACAUGACCACCACUGACCUCGCCACUGGCAACCCCCAACAGUAUGCCCAGCCAACUGUAGCAACUCAGGACGCAGGCGUAGCGGUCCUCUCUGUACCCGCCCAGGCGGCGCCUCAGGUACAGGGCCAGCAGAGCUACACUACUCUCUGGGAUCCCACUACUCAGCAGGCAGUGACUGUGCAGACUCAGCCUGCACAGCAGUACACCACAGCCCCAGCACAAGCUCAGACACAGACAGCCAUCUAUUACCAGGGUCAGCCAUGCCAAACCAUCUACAGUAUCCCCACCGCCUACCCACAGGCCAACACUCCUGUCAUACAGGCGUACACUGAACCCACAGCCAGCUACCUGCAUGGCCAGCCUGUGUAUCCUGGCCAUCAGCAGGGAGUGGUGGUACAGCAGGGAGGCACAGUCACCACUAUUGUCACAUCCCAAACUGUCCAACAGGAAAUGAUUGUACCCAACAAUGUGAUAGACCUACCUCCUCCCUCUCCCCCAAAACCCAAAACAAUAGUCCUAUCUCCCAACUGGAAAGUGGCCCGGGACCCUGAAGGCAAGAUCUACUACUACCACAUUGGCACAAGGCAAACACAGUGGGACCCUCCAACCUGUGAUGGAUAUAGUGACAACAUGAGUGUGGACCAUGAAUCUGAGAUGGACCUGGGAACACCCACCUAUGAUGAGAAUCCUUCCAAGUUCUCCACAAAGACAGCUGAAGCAGACACUUCCAGUGAGCUGGCUAAAAAGAGUAAAGAGACAUUUCGCAAAGAGAUGUCCCAGUUCAUAGUGCAAUGUCUAAAUCCUUAUCGGAAGCCAGACUGCAAACUCGGACGCAUCAUCAACACAGAAGAUUUCAAACACCUGGCUAGAAAGCUAACUCACGGAGUUAUGAAUAAGGAGUUGAAAGCUUGCAAUAAUCCUGAGGACCUCGAGUGUAACGAGAAUGUGAAGCACAAGACCAAGGAGUACAUCAAGAAGUACAUGCAGCGAUUUGGCACCGUGUACAGGCCCAAGGAGGACACAGAGGUCGACUAGCCUCAGAGGCCACAGGUGUUACACCUGUCCUGCGCAAACACAGGAGAAGCACAGAUUUGCCUUUCCAUUCACUCCUUCAUGUAUGUACUGGCCAGCCUGAGCCGUGAAGUAGUUUCUUACGCGUAUUUAUGACUAAGAAUUGCACUGCUGCCCAAGAAGCUCUCCAGGCCCCGUGGAUCACGGAGGAGCCCCGCUCUAGAGACUGACGGGAGACUCGAGUGUCGCUGAACGACCCGAAAACUCCAGGUGCAGUGUUCUCGAAGGAUGACACUGUGGGGUGCUACAGAGACUAAUGUUUUCACUGACUGUUUGAUUUUAAGCAUUUCUCUUUCCAUCUGUGGCUCUUAAAUGUUCCCGAGAUGAUCACCUCAAUUCCACUUUUUAAACUCUUCUAGCCCUGACUGAGGAUUACUCAAUGGAAUCAGCUUUGGUAUCAUAUUUAUCAGAGGUAUUUUUUGUUACUUUUCACUGUUAAAAAUGGAUCAAUGAUGGAACAGUCCAGUGCUUUCUCCUCUCCCACUUCCUUUUCCUUGUGCACACUUCAACCCCCUGCCACUGACUAUCUGGUGCUGCUUUUAACUGGGCUGUGGAGGUCCAAGCUUCCACUCCUCAAGCCCUGCCUUCUUAACCACAAGACUUUGGAGCCUCUGUUGUUUUAUGAAUGCAUGAUGUAGGCUGAGGUCAGAGUGGUAUCCUUAUGAAAAUUCCUACGUUUUCCAUGUCUCCUGCUUCAAGUAAUAUGCCCUCAUUGGGAUGAGCUUUUACUCACAACACACUUAGGGAUCAGCAAAUAACCAGCAGGUUGGCACGGUGAUCAAUAUGUCUUUUAUGAAUUUAUGUAUAAUAAUGGGAGCAGGGUUUGAAUGCUAUGUUUGAUGUGCUGUUGAGCCAUUUCCUGUCCAACCUCUCUCCCAACUUGUUCGGCUCUGUUUUCUUUUCUGACAGGAUUAAUGCUGAAAAUGUAGUUUUAACAGUUUCUGAACAUCUUGUGUGUUAUGGUUCUUUUUUGUGUGUGUCACCAUUAGUCCUAGUUAAACGACACUCAGGCCGGCCUUGCUACACAAACUGUCACUGGUUAAUUUCCAAGAUUUCUUUGGUUGUCGUGGUAAUUUCAUUAGCAUUAGUAUACUGAUUUGUCACAGCCUAUUAAAUUGCAUUAAAACAAAGUUCCAACAUAUGUACAUUGCUUUAUAUGUGAAUAUAUUGAAUAAUAGUUUUGGGAAUGUUUAAAUAAGCAGACACUUUGUAAAAAGACUAUCAUUUCAUGAUUGAAAGUGUAAAUAAUGUGUAAAAUUACCAAAGCUGUACGCAGGAGAGUAGGGUCAGGGAGCCCACUCAUCCUCAGCAGCUCAGCCCUCCUGAUGCAGUUCCCACAUCACUCGGUCAAGCUUAGGACCCUGCUGACUUGCAGCCCUCUAUUUUAUGUCAGUGGUGGGGGAGAUUUCACACGUUUCAUUUUUUAGUUUUUAUUAUUUUUCUAUGUACAAAGUAAGUUUCACCCUACUCUACUGUAAGUAUUGUGUAAGCACAUUGUCAUACCGAGUGUACAAACAUUUUAAAAGAUAAUAAACUUUUUUGUAAAAUUA